AUGUCGCAAUUACAAUCACAACCUAAAAAAAUUGCCGUAGUUACGGGUGCCUCAGGUGGUAUUGGGUAUGAGGUAACGAAGGAAUUAGCCAAGAAUGGGUAUAUGGUUUAUGCAUGUGCAAGAAGAUUAGAACCAAUGGAACAAUUAACCUUUCAAUUUGGCAACGAUAGUGUUAAACCAUACAAAUUGGAUAUUUCUAAGCCAGAAGAAAUUGUAACAUUUGCUGGCUUUUUGCGAACUAAUUUACCUGAAGGUAAAUUGGAUUUAUUGUACAACAAUGCCGGUCAGAGUUGUACUUUCCCAGCAUUGGACGCAACUGAUGCUGCAGUGGAGCAAUGCUUUCAGGUCAACGUGUUUGGCCACAUUAACAUGUGCCGCGAACUGUCGAAAUUCCUUAUCAAAGCUAAAGGAACCAUUGUUUUCACUGGUUCCCUGGCAGGUGUUGUUUCAUUCCCCUUCGGCAGUAUUUAUUCAGCUUCUAAAGCUGCAAUCCACCAAUAUGCUCGUGGGCUUCAUCUUGAAAUGAAGCCUUUUGGUGUGAGAGUAAUUAACGCCAUUACUGGUGGUGUCGCUACGGAUAUUGCUGAUAAGAGGCCCCUGCCUGAAACUUCGGUAUACAACUUCCCUGAAGGUAGGGAUGCCUUUAAUUCAAGAAAAACCAUGGCCAAGGACAACAAGCCCAUGCCAGCUAAUGCGUACGCAAAGCAGCUGGUUAAAGACAUCUUGAGCACUAGUGACCCAGUAGAUGUAUACAGGGGCACAUUUGCCAACAUUAUGCGUUUCGUCAUGAUAUUUGUUCCUUACUGGCUACUGGAGAAAGGUCUUUCUAAGAAAUUUAAAUUGGACAAAGUCAAUAAUGCUUUGAAAUUGAAACAAAAGAACAAGGACGAUUAG